AUGUCUUUUCACAAAGAUGUCCUAAGAACCACAAGACAGGCAGUACUGCAAACCAUGUAUCUUUUACAGAUUGGAGCUGGGUCUCUGGCCAAUAUCAUUCUCUUCUUCCACAAUAUCUCUCCCAUCCUGCUUGGCCACAAGCAGAGACCUACACAUACAGUUCUCACCCACAUGGCUGUGGCCAAUAUCCUGGUUCUUCUCACUUCUGGGAUUCCCCACAUAAUGACGGCUUUUGUGUGGAGGAACCCUCUGUCCAGUCUUGGGUGUAAGUGCGUCUAUUACCUACAGAGAGUGGCUCGCAGCACCACCCUGUGCUCCACCUGUGUCCUGAGCACCUGUCAGUUCUUCACUCUCAUCCCUGGGAGACCGGAGUGGAUGAUGCUCAGAGGAAGAGCAUCCAGGUUCGCUGGUCCUUCCUCUUGUACCUGCUGGGUAUUCAGUGUCUUAAUGUACAUCCAUGUUCCUCUGAAAAUCACUGGUCCACAAGACAUGUACAACUCUACUGAUACCCAAGGCAGGUGGUUCUGCUCAGCUGGUACUCAUGAUGGCUUUGGCUAUUUUGCGUCCAUCUCUGAUGCCAUGUUUAUUGGCCUCACAGUUUGGUCCAGUGGCUCCAUGCUGCUUCUCCUGCACAGACACCACCAGAGGGUGCAGUAUAUUCACACCCACAUGGGCCACCACCAAUGCCGCCCAGAGACCAGAGCUGCCCACACCAUCCUGAUGCUGGUGGUCACCUUUGCCAUCUUCUAUGUGCUGAAUUCUCUUUUUAUUGUCUAUAUGCAUGUCUUUUUAGAUUUUCAUUUGUGGUUGCUGCAGACCUCUAAUGUCUUGGUUUCCUGUUUUCCCACUGUUUCCCCCUUCGUGCUGCUCUUUAGGAAUCCUAGAACACCGAAGUGCUGCUCUUUAGGAAUCCUAGGACACUGA